AUGAGUCCAGCUCCUUUUAUGUGGCCUGAGCUUAGAAAGCUUCUCGACCGCUUUUGUGACGGCACAACCAAGGUAGCGGAUGCAACUAACGAAGAACCAGCCUUACCCAACCCCCAACCAUUACCAUUCACGACCACCAGAGCGAUGGACGCUCUUGAUCGCGGAGCCAUGACGAGCCUACUUAACACACAAGCACAUCGUCUACUUAACUUACACGAAGUUACUACUACCGGAACCGGCCUGCUCAACCCGGCUUGCGAGCAGAUACCUCGCCGGCUAAAGGAUCUUGAGCUAGCAAGCCACUCUCGCAUCUACGCGUAUCGCUUCGACCAAGUACCGUCCUUCUGGGGACAAAUUUACUCCGACGUGCAGGUUCUUAGUGCAUUCCAUUUCCUCCUCGAACAACUAAAGAGGCAGAGCCCACCAGAGCAGUUCCAGGCGUUCCUGAAGGCACUGGACGAAGUUGUCGCCUGUCUUGAUCGGUCUCUUAUCAUUACUGGUGGGUGCGGGAUUCUAAAAAACACUUGGAUCGAGGGAACGUUCAAAAUCAUCUCCGCGGCCUGGAAGCCUUAUGCAGUGUACGGUCCCGACGUCGAAUUUUCCACCAAGGAACCAUACGGUCGCCCGCCGGUGACGAGUCCGUGUACGAGACGUCAAGGCUGGACUAUGGACAAGUUUGAGAGGUACAUGAGCAUAGGCCAUUCGCUUACCGUGGAAACUGGUCAGAUUGGGAUUCAGCCUAUUGUAUUUACAGAUUUGACGAAGGACACAUGGCCUGCCAUUGUGGAGCGAAGAUGGUUCCGGCCGAAUUACUUGCUAUCCCACACGGUGGGCGGGCGAAGGCUAGUUCCCGUAGAAAUUGGGUUAAGUUAUGUCCAUUCUGACUGGGGUCAGCAGCUUUUGUCCUUCAAAAACUUUCUCGUUGGAUAUAUUGAUAACCGCCUCACUGUUGACCAUGCGGUAUGCGACACGGCUGAGCCUAUUCCCAUGCUCUCUCGCGUUCCGGGCUACCUUGCGCAACAUGACCUCUUUCGGCAAAUACCUGCCCUUCGCAACGACAUCCUAGUCCCCGAUUUUUGCUGGGCCACUGUUCCCGGCCACCCAUUGAACAAGGACAAGGUGAGGCCGAAGCUCGAGGUGCCGGCGCUCAAUGUCUGGUUCGGUUCCGCUGGCACCACCACGCCCCUGCAUACCGACUCGUACACCAAUCUCUUGUGCCAAGUCGUGGGCACUAAGUAUGUCAGACUUUAUCCUCCUCAAGCGGAUAAGUACAUGCGGCCAUUCAAGAACAACCCCGAGGGCGCCGACAUGAGUAACACAAGCACUAUUGACCUAGGCGCGGUCUAUGGCUGGGACAAGUGCACAACCGACGACAUGUCAAGUGACGGGGAGGCUGCUGAACUCAUAGAGCAGAUAAAGAAUGAACUCAGUACUGUCGAAUACUUUGACUGCAUUCUGGAACCGGGAGAUACACUGCUCAUACCCAUCGGAUGGUGGCAUCAUGUGCGAAGCUUGAGCGUCAGCUUGAGCGUCAGCUUUUGGUGGAAUUAG